CUCGCGCUGCGGGGACCGGCGCUCAGCCCUGGCUGCCGACACCCGGGUUUCUCUGCGGGACUCAGAGAGGACCCGGCUCUUCCCAAAGUGUCCUGAAGCUUUGUGCGCAAAAGCUGCGGAAGCCUGAAGGUUUUUGUUUUUUAAUAAAAAGUCUUUGUAAGUCUCCAUUUUUAGAAUAUUUUCCCGGAGUUCCAAGUAGUCUACCUCUACGCAUCCUGUCUCUUGCUCCUGGAGUCUUUUUCGUCGUCGGCUGUCAACAUUUUGACUGACAGAGCUGAGCAGGGACGAGCGUUUUGUCAUUGAAAGUGUAACUGUCAAAACCACGCCGAGAGAGCCGUCAAGAUGGACAAAAAGUCGUUUGAAAUGGUGUUGGAUGAAAUUAGAAAGGUGGUUGAUUUACUGAGGUAUUUCUCCUGGGCCGAGCCUCAGCUGAAGGCCAUGAAAGCAUUACAGCACAAAAUGGUGGCUGUCCACCCAGCGGAAGUGGUCAAUAUCCUCAACUGUUUCACCUUCAGUAAAGACAAGCUGGUUGCUCUUGAGCUGUUAGCUUCAAACAUUGUCGAUGCACAGAACUCUCGUCCCAUUGAAGAUUUGUUCAGGAUAAACAUGUCCGAGAAGAAGCGGUGCAAGAGAGUACUGGAGCAGGCUUUCAAGGGAGGCUGCAAAGCUCCUCAUGCCAUGAUAUCUUCCUGCGGGACGAUCCCAGGGAACCCGUACCCAAAAGGGAGACCGAGCCGCAUUAAUGGAGUUUUCCCAGGAACCCCUUUGAAAAAAGAUGGUGAAGAAUGCACCAGUGAAGGCAAAGGAAUAGCUGCGCGCAUCCUUGGACCGUCCAAACCGCCUCCUUCCACGUACAACCCUCACCGGCCCGUCCCGUACCCGAUACCUCCAUGCCGGCCCCACGCGACCGUCACACCAAGUGCUUAUAACAACGCGGGCCUGGUGCCGCUGGCCAGUGUCAUCGCUCCGGGUGUGCCCCCUCCGCCUGCGUACACCCCGAACCCCGCAGGGACAGAAAAUGAAGACCUUUCCAAUUCUUCAAAACCACAGAAUCCAACUUUUUCUGCCCCAGCGAGUCAGCUCUUCGUUCCUCACGGGUCCAACCCUGCGACAGCCGCUGCCGCUCCUGCUCCCGCUGCGUCCCCGGUCAAGACGGCCGGUCACCCGUCCACGCCUGCUGCCGCGACGGGGCCGGGGCCGGGCCUGCUGGGCACUGUCCUCCCGGUGUUCCCGGGUCAGGUCUCUGCUGCCGCUCCCGCGCUGCAGCCAAACCCAGCUGUCGUCCGAACGCCUUCGCUGCUGGCCACCCCGGCCGCCUCCGUCCACAGCGCAACGCCCGCUCCUGCUCCGGUCCCCUCCGUUUUUCCGGGCCUCGUUCCCCUGCCGGGUCCUUGUGCAGCCGCUGCCCCCGCGCCCCGGGCUGCCCCCGCUCCCAGCGAGGCGUUCGCCUCCGCAGCCGCCCCUUUCGUGGGCCUCCCCUUCCCCGCGCCCUGCACGGCCACCUCCACCAGCCACCCCGGGCCCGCCUCCUUGUCCUCGGUGUUCGCGGGCCUGCCCUUGCCCCUGACCCCCGCCUCCCACGGUGCGUCCCAGCCUGCCCCCUCCGCAAUCGCCGGCGGGGCCGCCCCCAGCGCGGCCUGUCCCCUCGGGGUCAGCAGCCCCCUCCUGUCGGCUUUGAAAGGCUUCCUGACUUCCGGCGACAGUGGCUUGACCAGCCCUCCCUCGCUGCCCUCCGCCGUCCCGACCGGGCCAGCCACGCUGCCCUCGCUCCCCAGCCACAGCGCAGACGCCCCGGCGCUGGCCGCCGGCAAGUGCUACGCGCCCUCGGCCCCGCCUGCCCGCCAAGGCCCCGCCGCCGCGGGCCUGGCCCUGUUCCCGGGCCUGCCCUCGCCCGUGGCCACCUCCGCAGCCUCUCCGCCGGCGCCGCCCGUCCCGCCCCCGCUGGCAGCCCCGGCCCCGGCUUCCAGUUCAGGGCCUGUGAGCGGCGGCCCCGCGGCCCCGCCCACGCACGGCGCCCCAGCCGAGCCGGUCCCGCCGAGCCCGGUGGCCACCGCCUGCCCCGUGACCAUUAAGACCGAACCCACGAGCCCCACGCCCUCCGCCUUCAAAGGCCCGUCGCACCCGGUGGCCGCCGCCCACGGCACUUUAGGCCUGCCCGGCGCGCUGGGGCCCACGUACCCGCCGACGUCCGUGCCUGUCGGGCUGCCCGCGUGCCUUACUCCCGCCUUGUCCGGGCUGUCCGGCCUGAGCGCGCCCGCCAACGGCCCGCACGCCCUGGCCUCGGCCGCGCUGGCGCCCGUGUUCACCGCCCUCCCGCCCUUCACCUCCCUGGCCGGCAGCUUCCCGCUGACGGGGACCCCGGCUCUCAGCCCCUCGGUGUCUCUCCCAGGGACGCUGCUGGUCACCUCGUCCGCGGCUGCUGCCUCCGCGGCGACCCCGCACCCCAGCUCCACGGCAGCCGCGCUCUCAGGGCUCCCCGGCGCCGCGCCCGUCUCGGCUGCGCCCUUCCCCCUGACCCUGUCCGCCGCGGUCCCCUCGCUCUUCUCGGUGGCCCAGGGGCCGCUCUCCUCCGCCAACGCCCCCUACCCCGGCUUCUCCGUCGCCGGCGCGGCCCCCGCCCUCCCCUCGCUGGCGGGGCUGCAGGCACCCUCCUCGGUCGCCGCCGUCGCCCCACUACCUGUGGCCGCCACCGCGCCGGCACCUGCGCCCGUCCUCCCGGGCUUCGCCUCGGCCUUUAGCUCCAAUUUCAACUCUGCUCUUGUUGCACAAGCCGGCUUGUCGUCGGGCCUUCAGGCUGCGGGCAGCUCUGUGUUUCCAGGCCUCCUGUCCCUGCCCGGCGUCCCCGGGUUUGCCCAGACCCCCUCGCAGCCCCCCCUGCAGGACCUGCAGCUCGGCGGCGCCGCGCAGCGGCAGCAGGCGCACGCGGCCUCCGCGCUGGACGGCUACCCAGCUCCGCCGGACGGGUUCCCCAGCUACCCGUCCACGCCGGGAACGCCCUUCUCCUUGCAGCCGGGCCUGUCCCAGAGCGGGUGGCAGUGA